AUGUCUGAGCCAAAAACGUAUGCAUGGCAUUGGGUUUCCAACUUGGCGUUUUUGUCAUGCAGCUCCGCUUUGGCUGGUGCCUUGGGUGGCACUCCUAGUAGCACUUCGUUGGCACUUGCCAGCGCUUCACUGGACCCAACUUUAUCGUGUGUGAUACUCGGUUCCUUGGCCACGUUCUCUGCUUUUUGGUUCAAUGCUGCAGUUUCCGAACAAGGGGCUGCAGAAGAGCCGGCCAACCUCGAGGACACGGGCGACCUGGCUGUCCGGCAGGACGUGCAAGUGGACCAGGAGUGCUGCGAUGCCGUUGGUGGCACUGGGAACGCCAUCGACCAUCCGGACACCAUCGCACUGCCGGACCGCCAUGCUGCAGGAUCUCCUGUGCGCGCACGCCCCAGUCUCACCGGGCAAAGUCUUAAUGCUCAGAGCUUCAGAGCAAUCAGCCGGAUUGGAACUGGCAGCUGGGGUAUCGUUUCACUCAUGCAGCACCAAGCCGGCCCGACUUACGCAGUCAAGCGCAUCGAUCUGAGCCACUUGAAGCCGAAGAAGAAGGCCAAGAUCAUGCGAGAAGAGGACAUCCAUCUGAAAUUGCACUCACCGUUCUUUAUCCGCUUGUUCGGGACAUACCUCCACGAGCAGGCCAUCCAUUUCGUAAUGGAGCCUGGCGUUUGCGAUUUGUGGAUGGUUUAUCAGCGGCACAAAGAGUUUUUCCGCAGCCAGAAACAUGCAAGCUUCUAUGCAGCGAGCGUGGUUUGUGCACUCCAGUAUUUGCACGAGAAGGGCAUCGUCUAUAGAGACCUGAAACCGGAGAAUCUACUGCUUGACGAACAUGGGUCCUUGAAAGUAUGUGACCUGGGCUUUGCCAAGCAUGUUGAGGUCACGGAGAAGACUUACACAUUCUGCGGCUCUUUGGGCUAUUUGGCACCGGAGAUUAUCAGCAAAAGCGGACACAGUCAUGCGGUUGACUGGUGGGCGCUCGGAGUUUUGAUCUUCGAGCUUAUGGCUGGACAUCCGUGUUUUGGCACGGAUGAGCCCGAGGUGGUGAUCUAUGCCAGAGUGCUGGAGGGCGCUCACCCGGGGCUUUUUCCCCCGGUGAUGUCGACCGCGUGCCGGGAUCUCAUUCUGGCCCUGUGCAUUCCAAAUCCAGCACAGCGCUUGCCGAUGCGUCCUGGUGGUUUGGAUUUGUUGAAAUCUCAUGCCUGGUUCGAAGGCUUCAGAUGGGAUUUCAACAUGGAGCCACCUUACAACCCAACCCACGAUUUGCAGCGACGACGAUGUGGGUAA